AUUUUAUAAGAACAUGUAAGAAUUGACAAGUAUCAGAUAAAGUACUGAUGAUGAUUUGAAUUCAACUUGUUAGUCUAUCUAAAUGCCAGUGUUUAAAAGACAUUUUGGAAACAAUCUGACAUUUUUUUAUAUUAGGGGUGAACCAUUAAUAACAAUAGGACCCCAUUGUAAACAAUUUAUAAAUAAUUAGUUUAGGGCCUUUAACAUUAUGCAUGAUAGUUUCCUUUGGGGGAGCUAGUUACCUAUUAAUUUUUGAGAUAGCAUUAAGAAAAGGGCUUUACGUGUAUUAUUUCUCAAUUUUUGUUGCUGCACUUUAAAUGAUUAGUUACUUGAUUACUGCCCUUAAAAAUCCAGGUAUUGUGACUAGUUCUAGAGAAUAUAAGGGUAUAUUAUAAUGUAUAGUAAGAAAAAGUCAUAAUUAAAUUUUAUUAGGUUUGUAACAAUUCAAGAGAAUUAGGUUCAUUAUAUCAUUGUGAAGAUUGUGAUGUAUGCAUAUAAGGAUUUGAUCAUCAUUGUCCUUGGACAGGUAAAUGUAUAGGGAGAGGAAAUAUUAAUGCCUUUUAUGUAUUCGUAACUAUGAUUCCAAUAUAUAUUGUAUAUUUCAUCAUAGUUUCCUUGUUAUGA